CUAUUGAAUACAACCAUGAAUCUGCCUAGGAGCAAGUAUUUUAACAUCUACACAGUUCCUAUCCUGCAACAACCAAGAAGCCAUUUAUCCAUCAAGGACGAUGCAACUGCAGUGCAACAAAGUGUUCACAAGAAGAUUAAGGUCAAAGAAGCUACCCUCAGGCUUAAAACUACAAAACGUUCAAAAAGCAGCACACUCAACCAUGACCAACCUCAACCAAAGGCAUCAGUGAUGCGAGUGUCAAUGCGGAGAGGAGUAAAAUGGCUCCUGACGGUGGCUGGAAUCUACACCCUAACCCAGUUGCUGCGUUUUCGUCUACCUUGCUGGCUACCAGCUCAAACUAGAGUUGGACCUGUGACCGUGCUGGUUCGGGAUAAGUGGAGAGUCAGCGCUAACGCCCCACUGGUGUUUGUUGGAGGAGUGCCUCGCUCCGGGACCACUCUGAUGAGGGUCAUGCUGGAUGCCCACCCUGCAGUACGAUGUGGGGAGGAGACAAGAGUUGUGCCCAGGCUACUAAACCUAAAACAAGGAUGGGCUCAUGAGGAGUCGGGGGUCAAUGCAGAGGUCCUGGACCGAGCAAUCACUGCCUUCCUCCUGGAGAUUAUAGCAGGACAUGGGGAACCAGCACCUGUACUUUGCAAUAAGGACCCCUUCACUCUAAAGAGUGCUCAGUACCUCGCUCAACUCUUCCCCAACUCUAAGUUCCUGUUGAUGUUAAGAGAUGGGCGUGCCGCUGUCCACUCAAUGAUUUCUCGUCAUGUGACAAUUGGUGGCUUUGACCUUUCCAGCUACAGAGACUGUUUAGUCAAGUGGAGCAGAGCCACACAGGCAAUGCUGGCACAGUGCACUCAGGUGGGCAACCAUCGGUGCCUGGCUGUGAGAUAUGAGAGUCUGGUCCUUCACCCUCGCUCCACCAUGCAGACAAUACUGAGGUUUCUGGAUCUGCCAUGGCAUGAGGGGGUUCUACACCACGAACAGGCCAUAGGAAGACCUGGAGGAGUCUCUCUGUCACGCAUGGAGCGGUCCACAGACCAGGUAAUAAAGCCAGUGAACUUAGAAGCUCUGACCCGAUGGGUAGGUAAAAUCCCCCCAGAUGUAGUGGCAAACAUGGAUGCUAUUGCACCAAUGCUCUGGAGACUGGGGUACGACCCCAGAGCCAACCCACCUAACUAUGGAGAGCCUGACCCACGGGUCCUCAACAACACAGAGAGGGUCAAGAGGGGAGACUUUGAUAAUCCUGUAACAGGCAUUCAUCUGAAGCGUGACCCCUGACAAAGAGUUGUCAUGGUCAGCGCUUGGAACAACAAAGACUCAACCUCUGAUCUCCUCCAGAAAAGACAACAACCAAAAGGCUGCAGCUGGUCAGCUCAGUCCAAUAGAGCACAGAGGGCAUGACCAUGCUUAUAAUCUACACUGAAUUCAUCUGAAAGAGGUGAAAUACAAUGGAGAAAAUUACAUCAACUGACGUCUGCUUGAUAGGCAGUUGUCUGGAUAAAGGGGGAAGGGUAGGAACGGGAAAUGUCUGUUUCUGGGCAGAAUAAAAAUGUUGAUACAUACACGCUGUAAAUAAUGAGUGUUUUUUUAUUAAAUCAAUUUGAUUUUGUGAAA